CUUUCCCGCGGGGUUCCGAGAUGAGCGAUAAAACGCGCUCUACCGUAUGUUGUUGUUGUUGAUGCGUGAAACGUUAGCGCAUCUUAGCUACAUUUUAACACAUCAUGGUGAGGUGAGGGUUUGCUGUGGCCGCGACAUUUGGGCUAACGUCCUCCUCAACAGACAGUAUCCGUAACACGUCGACCAACGUUAAGUUGUGUGCUUUGUGUUUCUGGUAGGAACUUGGAAGUGAGGGCUGGUAGUAGUGGACGUUGUUAGCUAGCACAACGUCAACCUGGCUCUAAACUAGCUAACGUUAGUUACCAGUCCUGCCCUGCUGGGUAUAACUAAGUCGGUAGCUAAAGUUUAGCUUCGGGUAUUACACAUGUCGAACUCUGUUGGGAUGACCCUGCCGCCGGACUGGGACGACGACGAGCGGAUGAACUUCAUGUUCUCCGACUUCAAGGAGAACCGAGACGUGAACACAACGGACUGGGACAGUAAGAUGGACUUCUGGACGGCUCUGAUCUCAAACAGCUGCUGCGACCGGGGCGCCGUGUGUGUCAAUUUGCAGGAGCUGAAUCAGACCUUCAGGAGGAAAGAGAAAUCACCGCUGGGCUUGGUGACUGUCCUCCAGUCCAUGGCCAGAUGUGGGAAGAUCCAGAAGGAGUCAGAGUUUGCUGCCAAUGUGGACUGUGGCUGGCUGUCGUGGGGGGUCGGCCUGCUGCUGGUGAAGCCCCUGAAGUGGACCGUCUCCACUCUGCUGGGAAGCAGCCGAGUUCACUUGGAGGAGUCCUUCGUUGUCAUUGACCUAGUUAAGGAGAAAGCAACAGAACUCCUCCGGGUCUACAGGGGCAGUGAGUUUGCAGGCCGCUCCAUCCUGUCAUUCCAAGAGCUCUGUGCUCUCUCCUCUGGUGUCUGUGCUGACGAGAGUACCCUGUGCAUGGCUCUCCUGCAGCUGCAGAGGGACAAACAAGUGACGGUUUCACUGCAUGAGGGUGAAAAGAUUGUUAAGUUUUGUCAGCCUGCCCAGGGUCGCGUCUCUCCAGUGAGUGACGUGGACAUAGGCAUUUACCAGCUGCAGCGCAGUGAGAAGCUGCUCGGAGAGCGGGUGGAGAAACUGGGCCUGGAGGCAGACAAGUGCAGAGAGGAGGCAAAGCUCCUGCUGUGUGAGGGGAAGAAAUCACAGGCACUGAGAUGUUUGAGAGGCCGCAAGAGGGUAGAGAAGAAAGCAGACCACUUGUUUGCCAAACUGGAGACUAUCAGAGGAAUCCUGGACAGAAUCGCCCAGUCACAGACUGAUAAGAUGGUGAUGCAAGCGUAUCAGGCUGGAGUGUCUGCCCUCCAACUCUCUCUUAAGGAUGUGACUGUGGAAUGUGCAGAGAAUCUCGUGGAUCAAAUCCAGGAGUUAUGUGACAUCCAAGAUGAGGUGAAUCAAACUAUAUCCAGUGGUGUGACCAGCGGAGAUGAAGACAUAGAUGAGUUGGAGGAGGAACUAAAAUCUUUGUUGGAUGAGUCAAAGCCAGAUUCCAUCCAAGAUUUACCUGAAGUUCCAACAAAUGCUCUGGGACCCUCCGGGGGGCUGGGCCAACCAGCUGACUACCUGCUCAGUUCUCUCACUGUGGUGCCUCAGAGCCACUUGGAUAUUACGAACGAGCAACUGGAGGAAGAGUUGAAUCAGUUAACUCUUACAGAUUCAGGCUUCCAACUGAAGAAAAUUACAUCACCCGCCAAGAGAUUAGAGCCUGCACAGUGACGGCAUUGCCAAACGUGGCAAGUCUCUGUAUUAACAUAUCAAGAAAAACUGUAUGUCUGAAAAAAAAUCCUCUGUGAGCACAAAAUCAUAAAUUUGCUGAAUCAGAAUUUUGAGGUGUUGUGCAAUAAAUAUCAAAAUGAAAACAAAAAGCUUUCCUUCAUUUAGUGAAGAUAAAAUUCCUUUUCCUCUGGAGGCAUGCCAAAAAGGAUUUUUUUUUAAACAUUUUCUUUCAUAAAUUAACUUGACUUGCAGAUUUUAACAGUUUAAAAUAUUCUGUGCAGUGUCGCCACCAUCAGGAACGCAUUUCAUUUUGUUGUGUUUUUGACAGAGAACUACAUUGUUUCUGGGAAAUUGUGUGUUUGUUGAUUGUAAAUGUCCCUCAUUGGCAGUCCUGUAAAGUGUUGGAAGUGGCCUCCUGAACUGUCAAUAUAACAGAAUAUUAUGCCAAAUGAUUUAUGACAACCAUAUGUAUAAUUAGCCUCACUACAACGUACAGUAUCUGUGUUAACUGAGAAGCCUACCUUAAGUGAAGUUGACCUAAUAUGUUUGUCAGAAUAAAGUUUAUUUUAAUCACG